AUGCACCCGCUGCGAGAGCGCGCUUGUGACGAUCUGCUGGAGAACCCGCUGUUACGUACGCCGCCGCCGGAGCCCGAGCGGCCGCGCCCACCACGUGUCCGCAAGCCCCGAGAAUUUAAACUCCUACAAAUGACAAAACAUAAAGUAGACGACAGUUCUCCGGAGCUGUUUCCUGAGUUGUACUUGAAACCGCGUCGGCUGGAUUACUAUGCACGUCAGUUGGAAGAAAAUAUGAUCGUAAACAAGGAACUUAUCAAAAAAAUAAAUUUAAUACAAAGGACAGGGAGAUCUGAGCAAUUACUCACAAAAGAAUUAGACGAAGCCUGGAAAGAUACGAAACACAAGCUAAUUUUAGGAGCAUCAUUGCCCUUCAUACUUUUCAACACGGAGAAAUUAGAUCGUGGGAUCAGAGAUCCGGCCUUCGACAAACCUCCAAAUAUCCUUCGAACCAAGUGA